AUGUCGAUGGGACCUCCCCCUCCCCCGUCGCCCACGACCAACCGUUUCCUAUAUAAAACACCUUCCUCCUCAGGAGAUAAACGACCACCUUCUCCUUCACCUAUGAAUUCCUCUUCUCUCGCUCCUGGUAAAAGGCCCGUCGUGGUCUUGGGGGUAUGCGCGAUGGAUGUGAAAGCAAGGAGCAAAGCUAUGAGGGAGAUUUUAACGAGAUUAGUGGACAUUGAGAGGGGUGGAGUGGAUGUCAAGAUUUUUGGAGAUGUCGUUAUUCUUGAAGAAGAUAUAUCACACUGGCCACCUGUUGAUGUCCUAAUAUCAUUCUUCUCUACUGACUUCCCCUUGCCCAAAGCCAUUUCCUAUACCCAACUGCCCAACCGUACCCCACCCAUAUCAAUCAAUUCCUUAUCUAUGCAAUCGCUCUUAUGGGAUAGACGAUUGGUGCUAGCGAUCUUAGAUCAUAUUGGCGUGCCUACACCGUCCAGAGCGGAAGUUUCAAGAGAUGGAGGACCGCGUAUACCCCGGGUCUUGAGGCGGAAAGUGAGGAGGGACCUCGGACUGGUCUUACCUGAACAAGUUCCUAGAGGUAGAGAGGUCAUCCUAAGAGAGGAUGGUGAUGCCAUUAUAAUUGAUGGGAAAGUUAUCGAAAAGCCCUUUGUAGAGAAACCGGUUGAUGGAGAAAAUCAUAAUGUUUAUAUAUACCAUCGAGGUGGUGGUGGAAGGAGAUUGUUUAGAAAGGUUGGAAACAAGUCGAGUGAAUAUGAUCCGAAUUUGUACCACCCCAGAACGAUUGGAUCAUACAUAUACGAGGAGUUCAUUAACGUGGAUAAUGCCGAAGAUAUCAAAGUCUACACAGUCGGAUCCAAAUUCUAUCACGCCGAAACACGUAAAUCACCCGUGGUUGAUGGUCUAGUACGACGAAAUGCAGAUGGGAAGGAGACCAGAUUUAUCACCCCUCUGUCGGAAGAUGAAGGAAGAUAUGCUAAAGAUGUAGUUGAAGCUUUCGGACAGAGAGUUUGUGGAUUUGACUUGCUUCGAUGCGAGGGUGGUUCGAGGAGUAUGGUGAUCGAUGUGAACGGAUGGAGUUUCGUCAAAGGCAAUCAGGCAUAUUACGACAAAGCCGCUGAGAUCCUAUCCGGUGUCUGCCAACUUGCCCGAGAGCGAAAAGUCCAAGCUGGUCUACCAGCAGUAGUAGCCGAUGCUGAAGCAGGCAGUGGCUCGACAACAUCCACUCUGCGAGCUACUGUGACCGUACUUCGUCAUGCUGAUAGAACACCAAAGAUGAAGCUUAAAUUCUCUUUCCCUGCUCAUGAACAAUGGUCCAAACCAUUCUUACGAUUACUCCGAGGUCACCGAGAAGAGAUCAUCCUACGUGAUACCAGACAACUACAAUAUAUCUUAGCUGCUGCCGAAGAAUCUGCUCAAACUCCCGGAGUAACACCUGAAGUGAUAACCAAACUAGGUCAGAUUCAAGAAGCCCUGGGCAAGAAGAUGUCUUUACCCGGUACGAAAGCCCAGCUCAAACCCAGUUUCGCUAAGAAGAAGGGUGAUAAGGAUAAAGAGAAGAAGGAGAAAAAAGACAAAGAAAAGAAAGGAUCGGAUGAAGAGGAUGAGUUGACCGAAACUGAGGGAAAGAAGAAGGUACAUGAUUGGUUGAGAAGGGGAAGUUCUUCUGGACCCCAUGAUAAUCCAAAUUCGAAUGAUACUCAAACUGAAUCAACUCUAUCGACAAUUACCGAAAGUACCAAUCCAUCUACGAUUGACAAUACUACUACUGCCUCUGACAGCUGUACGUCACAAACUCCAGAAUUGAACGGGCAACCAUUAGGAGAUGAUGAGAUACCGGAAGGACUGGAGAAGAUGCAACUUGUUGUCAAGUGGGGCGGAGAAAGUACGCAUUCCAGUAGAUACCAAUCGAGAGAUUUGGGUGAUGCGUUCAAGAAGGAUAUCAUGAUUAUGAACAAGGAUGUAUUGAACAAUGUCAAGAUUUACACUUCGUCAGAGCGACGAGUUAUCAACACCGCUCAAAUCUUCGCCAACGCGCUUCUUGGUCUGGAAGGCGGUUCAUCUCAUUCGUCGACGAUAGCUGGUGGCCGUAAUCCACCUGAACCAUGUCCUCAGAUCAGUCAUCUGAUCCAACGAAGAGAUCUGCUUGAUGACAAUAACGCUGGGAAGGAGAAGAUGACUGAGGCCAAGAAGAAGCUUAAGAUCCUUUUGCGGACUGGUGAAACUGAGAAACGACCGGAAUUAGCUUGGCCAAAAUCGUUCAAGAAAGAACCGGUUGAAGUUGUCAAGGAUGUAAUCGAACAACUUACCGAACUUCGAUCAAUUAUGAGACGUAACUACGAGAACGGUAACGUCGAGAAGAUCCCUCAACAGAGAUGGUGUUCUGGUGAUUCACCUUGGUUGUUCAGGGAAAGAUGGGAGAAGAUAUUCGAAGAUUGGGUUGGGGUGAAACAAGAGAAAUUUGAUCCUUCCAGGGUGUCCGAAUUAUACGAUAGUAUCAAAUACGAUAGUCUCCACAAUCGAACAUUCCUCUUCGCAGUAUUUGAUCCAGAAGGUAAAGGCCAAAACUUCAAGCCGGGAGUGGAGAAUCAAGAUCGACGACUACACGAUCUGUAUGGUCGAGCCAAAGCUCUUUUCGACCUGGUCGCUCCUCAGGAAUAUGGAUUCGAUGCUGAGGCGAAAGAGGAGAUUGGAGUUUUGACUAGUUUACCGUUAUUGCGAAAGGUAUGGGAAGAUCUGGAUGAAGCUAAGACUACUGGUAAAAGUUUGGCAUGUUUCUACUUCACCAAAGAAUCCCAUAUCACUACCUUUGUUCACCUCCUACUAGCUUCCGGCUUGCCAUUCACCAAUGUCCGUAUCCCUGAAUUGGACUAUUGUUCACACUGUACGAUCGAACUCUGGGAGAAGAGUUCAGGGAACGCUUCGACAAGAGGUCAAAAAGAUUUCUCCAUUAGAUUGAGUAUAAGUGAAGGUGCUCAUUCACCGGCUGUAUUGGAUAGUAAUGUUGAUGCGAGACACAGUCUUACUGUUCAACCGCGUAAGAAGCUAUCCUCGCAUAUCGACUACGACUUAGCUAGACAAUGUUUCUCCAAACACUUUGAUAAGGGUUUAUCAUUCUCUACCACCCCUCUAGAGGGAGACGAGGUAUAUCUUAAGAAGCCCAUCCAGGACGAGAGUGUCUUACCUUUAUCUUCACUACAUUCUCGUGCUGGUGAGGAAACUCCUCGGAUGAUUAGCAGUGCCAGUAGUGAUAGGAGUCAUCCCGGUGCUGGUGCUUCGGAUGGGGGAUGGUAA